AUGUUUUGGACAUUCUUUAUUAGUUUUCUUCUCAUCAUUACAACAUCGUCAUCUCAUAUUGAUAUUAAUGAUGAAAAUAAACCAAUAAUCGAAGCAUUAAAUACGAAUGUAACAGUAACUAGUGGACAUAAAGCAAUAUUAAUAUGUACAUUCGAUAGUACAAAUAACGAUCUAUCACUUUCAUCAUCACAUCAAUUAAUAUGGAUUCGACAGAAUUAUGAAUCAAAUAAUGCUGAUUCAUUACUAGCACAUAAUCAAGAUUUAUUAAUAUCUGAUUAUCGUUUAAUUGUUCAACGUACGGAUACAUUUUAUUCAUUAACAAUAACUGAUGUUAAUAUUGAUGAUGAAGGAAUAUAUGCCUGUGAAGUCAAUACUCAACCACCACAAAAAGCAUUCGUUCAUCUAUAUGUUCAAGGUAUAGUUUAUAAUUUAUUAAGUGAAUCUUCUUUUUUCUUCUUCUUCUUUUUUUUCUUCUUCUUCUUUUUUUUCUUCUUCUAUAAAUGCAUGAUCAUAGUCUGCACCUGCUAGGAUGAAUAUGAGAUUUUUAAACGGAAAUCAUGAUUCCGGCAUGAUGCGCCUAUAUAUGUGUUUAAUGUCUAUUCUAACUGUCAAAGUUAAGCAUCACGCUCGAAUUGGGAUGAUCAACACAUUUCUAACUGUGAUCAUAUAUAUAUAUAUAGUAUUUAUCGGAAUUGUUUAUAAUAGAAAGCAAGAGAAAAUGUGAAUGAUUCUUCGUUUAAGUGAAUGCCAGACGAAUCGAAGAUGAAAUGAAGGCGAAAGAAUAUAUGUGUGCGUGCUGCUACUUAAUGUAUUUAAUGUUAUGGUGGUUAGUACAAUAGAGAUGAAGAAAAUCGGUAAAUGAUGAUGAUCAGGAGCUCUGGCAAAUAUAUAUGCAGAAGUGAACUGAACCGAGAGAGUAUGUUUAUAUUUGAACGAGUGAUGACAUUUUGUUGUCUACAUAUAUAUAUAUAUAUGAAACAGAAAUAGAGACAUACACAUACGGAAUUGCUUUUCAACGCCUUUCUUUACUAAUAUAACGUGCGACGACUAUCAGCGUGUCCUUUUGUUCGUCGUCAGUCAUUAUAUAUUGCUUAGAAGAUCUUAAUUUUGAUGCUCAGCUGAUAGACAUGCACGCUAGUGAUGAUGUGCGCGAUCAAUUAAGAUCUGUUAGCGCGUGAUUUGAUCUAGAUACACAUAUAUAUGUGAAAAAGACAAAGACAAUAUGGAAAUUGUCGUGAUUUUAGAAUGAUAAUUAGUUGUAUUUUUGUCUAAUCUCGAUUCGAAUAAAAUAAAACGAGAUAAAAAUCAGUAUGUUACACCUAUGUCGUGUUGUUAGUUUUUAAUAAUAUAAAGUAUUAUUGUCUAUGAAUUUUACCAUCCCGAAGUAUUGGGAAAAGGAAAUUAACUGUACAUUCUGUUCUACAUGAUAUGUAUAAUAAAAAGAUAGAAUUAGUCAGAUAUAAUCAUACGAAAAAAAGCAAAUAUUUAAAUUCAUAUGUAAUAUGAUAAUUUGUAUUAAUUACGAUUACAUACGACUUUUGUUUUUAAAUAUAUUGCUAAUCGUUGUUAAAGAAUCAAUUAUACGAGAAUGAUUGCAUUAAUAUACAUAAUCUAGUAAUUAUGAUAGAAUAAAUACGACAUGAGUUAAUAAUUUAUCUAAUACACAUAUGUACUUGAUAAGUGCAUAUAGCAAACUAUCGAAGUUCGGUAAAUAGUUUUGAAUUAUAUUCUCGUAAUUUUUGUUUGUAUAAAGCGAAAUGGUUUUAAUUGAUAAAAUAUAUUGAUAAAUUUUGUUAUAUAUGUUAUUUUCAAAUGGCAAAAUUUUUGUUUAAUUCUUUUGUAUAUUUGUUAUAUAUACUUUGAGUUUAAAAUCACAAUUAGAAUAAAAAGCAUUGAUUCGUCGAGGAUUUUAAAUUUAAAUUAUUAUGUAACAUGUUUGCUCAUAAUAUUUACCUGGAUACGUCAAAAAAAAUAAUUGUUUUGUUUAUCUUUGUCAAUUGUAAUCGCGUGACAGAAAUCCAAAUAGUCAUGCUU